AACUGCAAUACUCACUCUGACCUGAGGAAUGACGGUGGCGCUGUCGGCGCCUCAAACCGAAGAGCCCAAAGAAGAAGUCAAUGCUAAUCUGAGGUUAGCUUGUAGCUGGUAAACACUGAAACGAACCCGCUCGGAGGACCGGCAUGUCGGCUGACACCAAGAUCGCUGAGCUGCUGACGGAGCUGCAUCAGCUCAUCAAACAGACGCAGGAGGAGAGGUCACGCAGCGAACACAACCUGCUCAACAUCCAGAAGACACACGAGAGGAUGCAGACGGAGAACAAGACGUCUCCGUAUUACCGAACCAAACUGAGGGGCCUGUACACCACAGCUAAGGCCGACGCCGAGGCCGAGUGCAGCAUCCUGCGCCACGAUCUGGACAAGAUCGCAGAAAUCAAGUCUCUGCUGGAGGAGAGGAGGAUCGCUGCUAAGAUGGCGGGAGUCUACAGCGACAGCGACCCGCCCAGGAAGACCAUGAGGCGCGGCGUCCUGAUGACGCUGCUGCAGCAGUCGGCCAUGACGCUGCCGCUGUGGAUCGGCAAACCCGGAGAGAGCCCCCCCCCGCUGUGCGGCGCCGUCCCGGCCAGCGGCGACUACGUGGCCAAGCAGGGCGACAAGGUGGCGGCGCGGGUGAAGGCGGUGGACGGAGACGAGCAGUGGAUCCUGGCCGAGGUGGUCAGCUACAGCCACUCCGCCAACAAGUACGAGGUGGACGACAUCGACGAGGAAGGCAAAGAGAGACACACGCUGAGCCGGCGGAGGAUCAUCCCUCUGCCUCAGUGGAAGGCCAACCCAGAAACGGACCCUGAGGCGCUGUUCAGCAAGGACCAGCUGGUUCUGGCGCUCUACCCUCAGACCACCUGCUUCUACCGGGCCCUGAUCCACACGCCGCCGCACAGGCCUCAGGACGACUACUCGGUGCUGUUCGAGGACACGUCCUACGCCGACGGCUACUCGCCUCCGCUCAACGUGGCCCAGCGCUACGUGGUGGCCUGCAAGGAGAACAAGAAGAAGUGAGCGCCACCUGGAGGCGGAGCGCCGACUCACUGGACCCCUUCACCUGCUGGCCACAAGAGGAACUGCAGGGAGGAGAGCGUCAGCCAUUAAAGGCCUCCAUCGUUUAUUUUCAUGUCCGCCGUUGGUUCUGCUUAUAACUCUGUCAUGGUUUUAAUAUUAAACACUUUAUAAAUAAUUGGUUUCUGGCAGGAUUUAGAUCUACCUGACAUGAUGCUUCCUGCUGCUCAGGUCUGUUCAGAUACUAAAAUGUUAAAUUGUUAAAUGUUGAACCCUUAAAACGUCACUUUACCUGAACGUUCCAACCGUCCAUCAGACCCUGAGGGCCACUGAAGGAGCUGAAGGUUCAGAGUUCUGCAUGCAGGCAAAGCCAGAAAGUUGAGUGGAAGGAAAAAGUGCUGGAGGAGGAUUGAGAGGAUGGUCAAGAAACAUCCAUUUAAGAUUUUGCUGAGAUUCACAGGGUUGGCUCUUGAUGUCCACCACACAGACGGACCUAGGGACGCCAUCAGAACCGACCUACCGGGCCUGAGCAGAACCAGACUUGCUUGUUGGUCCAAAGUCUUUUCAGGUGGAAGCAAAGUUUAUAUUUCAUGUGAGGAUCACGGUCCCAGAAGUCCAGAGGGACGUUUCCACAGUCAGUGACGGUUUGGGGUCCCAUGUCAGCGGCUGGUUCUGGUUCUCAGAGUAAACGGCUCUGUGGUCGUUUCCAGAUUUCUGAGGAAAAUAUAAUUUGUUCUGAUUGUCGCUAAUCUCCAUAAAUUCUGUCUGCUGCCACCAGAACUCCUCCUUCCUGAGUCCAUCCAGCUUUCUGCUUUAUUCCUGUAAAAUAUAUUUGGUUUCUAGAUAGACCCGCAUGAAUGGAUCAAAUGAAACAGACCCCAAAUGUCCAAAUAAUACUGAAUAAAGGAAUAAAGCAGUUU